CGGCGGAGCAUCACAAACUCUAUUCCAUACCUAGUCGGGCAGUCGUACUAAUGUACUACGCAGAGUCUUGUACAGCGUGUAUGCCGUUUCGACGUUUCUCUCGACUGCACAAUCUACCGACAGCGUAGACGCUCUCAAGCUCGGACUCUACCAGUAACAGCGCAAAAUGGUUCCCAGAGUUUUCAUCACUGGUGUGACUGGCUACAUCGCUGGCGACGCCCUCUCCGUGAUCAAUGCUAAGCAUCCCGACUACGACUACUCCAUUCUGGUCCGAACGCAAGAUAAAGCCGACAUCGUUAAGAAAGCGUAUCCCAAUGUGCGUACUGUGCUCGGUGACCUCGACAACUCCGAGCUUCUUCGGCAACAAGCGUCCCGAGCAGACAUCGUGCUCCAUGCAGCCGAUGCUUCCGACCAUGAAGGUGCCGCCAGGGCCAUCGCAGCCGGCAUGAUCGAAGGUCAUAGCAAGGAGCGACCUGGCUUCUGGCUUCACACGGGCGGCACUGGCAUUCUGACGUACAAGGACGACCAGGACGGUAAGCUAGGCGUUUACUCGGAGAAACAGUACAACGACUGGACCGGCAUCGAUGAGCUUGUCAGCCUUCCGGACAACGCUUUCCAUCGCAAUGUUGAUAAGGUUGUCCUCGAGACUGGCACAAAGCACGGUGACGUAGUCAAGACUGCUAUCAUCUGUCCGCCUACUAUCUAUGGCCGUGGGCGAGGACCGGUCUCUGUCCGAAGCCGGCAGGCCUACGAACUGGCCAAGCUGAUCCUGACCACCAAGUAUGUUCCUGUAGUCGGCGAAGGCAAGGCUCGUUGGAACAAUGUACACGUCCAUGACCUCAGCCAGCUCUUUUUGCUGUUGACCGAAGCAGCUGCCGCACACCGUCCGGACAAGGAGCUAUGGGGUGCACAAGGCUACUACUUCACCGAGAAUGGCGAACACUACUGGACCGAGCUUGCUACACACAUUGCAUCUGAAGCAGGAAAGCUCGGCUUCGUUGGUGAACUCAAGCAACGAGCUCUGUCAAAAGACGAAGCAAUGCAGCAAGCAGGCUUCGAAGCUGUCAGCUGGGGCUGGAACUCUCGCGGUAAAGCAGAAAGAGCGAAGCGGUUGCUCAAAUGGCAACCCUCAGGGCCAUCGAUUGAGGAUGAAGCUGUCAACAUCAUCAAGGAUGAGCACUCUCGUUUACAAAAGCGGCAGUAGGCUGAUAAGGAGGUCAAACACUGCGCCUCUUGCGCCUGUUGAGCUCCCGGUGGAGCUGCCGCGUCAUCGCCUCGUCGCCUGCUGUUUCCCCUCGCUUGCGCUUUUUCUGCGCUGGUGGUGGUGGUGAUUGUGCCGACGUCUCGCUUCCGAACAAGGACUCUUAAGCGGAUUCAUCCACAGCCUCUUGAAGAGGGCCUGCCGCUGUUUCUAUUUCCUCCAUCUUGUUGGUUGCUAAUUGGACCGUCAGCUGAUCUUACUAUGCUGCUUCCCACAAGAUGAACCCACGACAACCACCGGCAAUUCACAAACAUCGGU